GAAAAUGUCUGGCUUUAACUUUGGUUCGGGGACCCUUGGCUCCACCAACACUGGUGGUGGAUUCACUUUUGGAUCCGUAACGAGUACUCCUGCACCCAGUACCGGUGGCUUUUCUUUUGGGACCACCCUGGGGUCAGCAGCUGCAGCCCCUGCCUCCACCACCGGCUCUCUUGGUCUGGGAGGCACGCUUUUUGCUCAAAAACCUGCUGGAGGACUCUCCUUUAAUACACCUGCUCCAAGUGCGUCUGCACCCACCACAGGUCUAACAUUAGGUGCUCCAGCGGCUACAUCUGCUGCCACUGGCUUUAGUUUGAGCUUCAACAAGCCGACGGCCUCAGCAACGCCCUUCUCCCUCCCCACCAGUACCACCUCCUCUACUGCAGGGACAGGCUUAACAUUUAGCUCUGUCCUGACCGCUACAGCACCACAGCAGCCAGCGGCCUCUGGUUUCACCCUCGGUGGUGCAACCACCUCCACAGCAGCCUCAGCAUUGCCGUCAUUGGGCACAAGUCUCUUCUCCAGCACUGGAGCCACAGGUUUGGGUCAGACAAAUCUUGGAGGAGUCGGGCUAACCUUAGGGUCUCUGUUGGCGACCUCCACAGCAGCACCGGCUGCUCCUGCCCUAAGCAUUGGCCUGGGUGGAGUAGAUUUCAGCACUUCCUCUGAUAAUAAGAACAACACAUCAUCUGGAACCAGUGCACAGGACAGCAAAGCUUUAAAAGAUGAGAAUCUGCCCCCGUGUAUUUGCCAAGAUGUUGAAAAUUUUCAAAAAUUUGUAAAGGAGCAGAAGCAGGUUCAGGAAGACAUCAGCAGGAUGUCAUCGAAGGCCAUUUCAAAAGUCCAAGACGACAUCAAAAGCCUCAAGCAGCUUCUGUCUGUCUGUGCCAGCGGUCUGCAGCGCCAGGCUCUGGCUAUAGACAAACUGAAGUUUGAGACUGCGCAGGAGUUGAAAAAUGCUGACAUCGCGCUGCGCACUCAGAAGACACCCCCUGGGCUCCAGCAUGAAAACACAGCUCCAUCUGAUUACUUUCGCAGCUUGGUGGACCAGUUUGAGGUGCAGUUGCAGCAGUACCGGCAGCAGAUAGAAGAGCUGGAGAAUCAUCUGACAACGCAGAGCAGCGGCUCACAUAUCACCCCUCAGGAUCUCACCCUGGCCAUGCAGAAGUUAUACCAAACAUUUGUUGCACAGGCUGCUCAGCUUCAGUCUGUCCAUGAGAACGUUAAGAUUUUGAAGCACCAGUACCUGUCGUACCGCAGAGCCUUCCUGGAAGACUCCACGGACAUCUUCGAGUCCAAACGGGCGUCUAACAGGAAGUGGCAGAGUGCGCCGCGGGUCACAACCGGGCCUGCCCCGUUCUCCAGUGUACCCAACGCUGCAGCUGUUGCUAUGGCAGCCACGUUGACCCAGCAACAGCAGCCAACUCCAGGGACCCAUGUGCCUUUGGGCGCAGGGUUUGGAAACCCCUUUGCAAGCACUAGCUUGGGCUCUUCUACCCUGUUAGGUUUUGGUGGCGGGCCAGGAUUUGUUGGGGUGGGGACUGGGGGUACUUUCGGCUUCUCCUCCACCACUAAGCCCGCAGGAGGCAGUUUGAGUGCAGGUUUCGGUAGCAGCAGCAGCUCUGGCUUUAACUUCAGCAACCCCGGCAUCAACCAGUCCGCAGGCCUGACCUUUGGUGUGUCGAACCAACCCACUGCUGGCUUUGCCACAGGAGUUCCCCUUCUCCAGCUGAAGAAGCCCCCUGCUGGUAAUAAAAGGGGCAAGAGAUAGAAAUGGGAAAAGACAGAGAUGUGACUGAACAACUGACCAGCUAGGCAUUUGUAGCAAGUAAGGUCUGAUCUUGCAAUGGAGCAGAGACAUUUUUAAAACGAUUAUCGUCCAAUUACAGAAGAAGAAUUGUGUUAAAAAAAGAUGCCAGGGAUGUGAUUGGCUCUAUCAUGAGACAAGAUAACUGGAUUUGAUGGUAUUGAGGGUUAUGCUAACUCAGUUUAUGGGACAAAAUCCUGUUGAUCAUUAUGUUCUAUUUAUCUCAAUUUAACGUCCACAUUACCCUAAUUCAGUUUGUCUGGUUUACAUUCAAUGGGUUUCAGUAAUGCAGUUAAGAUUUUUUUGUUCAUGCUCAGUUUGACCUAGACAGGAAGUGGAACGGUCCUUUACGCUGAUGACUUACCAUCUAAGCAGUAGUCGUUGAUCAGAUAGUGUCUCACUGGUCUGUGGCUAGUUGGUGACUUCAACUUGAGUCACUGGUGUCAGAAGACACAGGUUUCUAUUUCCCAUCAAGUGACAAGCAAAGCCACGAGGCUUAAUUUUUGAAAACCACGGCUUAUUUUGUGCGCAUGGCUUGCAAAACUGUAUUCUAGGCCAUGCAGAUGAUUAAAUUACACACGUACCGUACAACGUACCGGUAUGAUUUUGAUCUGCAGCAGCUCGUUAAAACCUGGACAUGUUUUCAGUCAGGGGAUAUUAAAAUACAGCUGUUGAGACACCCAUGACGAGUGAGUGAGAGUGUGUUUGUGGCACAUUUUAAAAAACAUUUACAAUUCAAA